AUGUCUGAAUCAAACGAAACCAACAGCAAAACGAAUUCUGAUGGACUAGCUGAGAAAACCAAGAUUUUACGCGAUACUCUCGAUCUACUAUUGAAUAAGUCUAUUGAACAACGUCGAAUUUGCGAAGAAUUAAAGCAGGAGAACAAAUAUCUACAGGACUAUAUUGAUAAUUUGAUGGGUAUGGGUGAUGUUUUGAGCAAAUGA